CAACAAAUCGAAAAGUCCAAGUUUUUAUAAAUCGCUGCCUACGACAGAUACUUCGAAUUUUUUGGUCGAACAGUUUUUCAAAUGAGGAAUUGCAAAUAAGAACAAACACUUCCCCUGUGGAUGUAGAAAUGCGGAAAAGAAAAUGGACUUGGUUGGAUGAUAUCCUACGCCGAGCGCCGAACGAUCAAAGAAAAGAAAAAUGCGAUGUACCGUUUUUGGCAAAGGCUGUAAUCAACGCGUACACACGAUGAUGUGCCGUCUAAAAGGGUCAUUAAAAAUAUAAAACUAGUCAAAUAAUCGAUUAAUCGAAAAUCGGGGUUUAAUUCCCUCGUGGACUUGAUCAUUUGCGUUUUGUUUUGGGUUUCAAUAAAUACAUCCUCAAAAAGUAUAAUGCCGCCAAUUGAAGCGCUUAAAGAAUCAUUUCUUAAAGAAAAUUCACAAUUUUCCGAAUUGGAAGAGGACUAUGAGGCCAAAUCUAUUGGAAAAUUCGAAGAUAUAGAUUUAGCAGAAAGUGAAGUUUGGUUUCUACAAUGCCCUAAGGGGACAGAUGUUAAAUUAUUGGAACAAGAAAAAAUCAAAAUACCUGGUCGCACUAACCUGUCUAAUGUCGAAGCUGUCUCAGUGGAAUUUGUUGAAGGUAAACAACAGCAUUCGUUUGCCUAUUGCCACCGUAAAGGUGGUUUUGAUCUGCGGCUUCUCCCAGUUCGUGGAACAAUUGUGCUACGAAACCGUUUGAAAGCUACGGACACCAUAAGUGCUGAACGUGUGGAAGAAUGCUGCCCUCCACUCAAAAAAGUUCCCAUGCCGUCGACAAUACGUAUUCGCCAUCCUCUGCUUGGCUUCCAAUACGAGGAUAAACUGAACAUAAGUAGAGAUGUUUUAAAACGUCUUAAAGAAGCUGAUAAUGUUUCAGCUGAUUUGUUAAAAAUUGGUAUAAUGAAGAAAUAUGCUAAAACAAUACAGGCAUCUAAUCACAAAGCCCCUGAAAACGAGAACACCAAUGAAACUAGUUGCGUCGAUGAGGAUGAUGCAGUACAAUUUGUUAAGGAGGAAAUUCUCCCCAAGAAGAAACGGAAAAAGAGUGAAAGCAGAAGCAAAAUGGAUGCAAGUGUAAAAAAGAAUAGAAAAUCGAAGACUAGUGAUGACGAUAAUGUUUCCAAAGAUUUACAAUGGCUGCAAAAUAUAUAAAAAUUGAAACUUA